AUGGAAACAAUCCCCGAAGGCCGCUCCCCAGCAGCCGCCGAGCCCACGCCCGCUUCCGCAACAGCAUCCACCACCGUCUCGCCCACGCAAGCAAUCACCUACCUGACCCAAUUCAUCGGCCGCAACCUCCGCGUGCACGUCACCGACAAGCGCAUGUUCAUCGGGCAGAUGAAAUGCACCGACAAAGACCGCAACAUCAUCCUCGCCCUGACCCACGAAUACCGACCGCCCAGCGAAGCCGCCAUCCGCGCCGCCAUCGCCUCGUCCGGCGACCCGUCGGUGCAGCUGCCGCUGUCGAGCCGCUACGUCGGCUUGGUCGUCGUGCCGGGCCGCUACGUGACGCGGAUCGAGUGCGAGGAGAAUCCGUGGGCGCCGGCGCCCGUGGUGCCGUUGACGGUGUGUGCGAGUGGCUGA